AGUGAAGCGCCGCCUCUGCCAGCACCACCACGGGUGACGUUCAACAACAAAGAUGGCAGGAGGAAACAGCAACUAUUGGGAAGACCUGCGGAAGCAGGCGAGGCAAUUGGAGAAUGAGCUGGACCUGAAGCUGGUGUCUUUCAGUAAACUCUGCACCAGUUACAACAGUGCUCGGGAUGGCCGCAGAGGAGACAGUUCUGAUACAACACCUCUCCUCUGCAACUCCACUCAGGACAGAAUGUUUGAGACCAUGUCAGUGGAGAUUGAGCAGCUACUUGCAAAACUUACAGGGGUGAAUGACAAGCUGGCUGAGUAUACGAGCACUCCAGGAGUAACGCCUCUUAAUGCUGCUCUAAUGCACACUCUCCAGAGGCACAGGGAUAUCCUGCAAGACUACACGCAUGAAUUUCAUAAAACCAAAUCAAACUUCAUGGCAAUCAGGGAGCGAGAAGAUCUUUUGGGAUCUGUCAGAAAAGACAUUGAGACAUAUAAAAGUGGAUCAGGGGUGAAUAACAGACGGACAGAGCUUUUCCUGAAAGAACACGAACACCUGAGAAACUCAGAUAGAGUUAUUGAUGACACAAUAAGCAUUGCCAUGGCAACCAAGGAGAACAUGACCUCCCAGCGAGGAAUGUUGAAGUCUAUACAGAGCAGGGUCAACACCCUGGCCAACCGUUUUCCUGCCAUAAACAAUCUAAUACAACGAAUCAACUUGAGGAAGAGGCGGGACUCAUUAAUUCUUGGAGGCGUCAUCGGCAUCUGCACCAUCCUUCUGCUGUUAUAUGCGUUCCACUGAUGAACAGGGGAGAUGGG